AUUACUGAAUUUCUAAUACAGUACUGUGAUACAUUUUUUUUGCUUUGAAUUGUCUAGAGUUAUUUGUUCAGACACUUCUAAGUGAAAGUAAAAUCGAUUUUAAUGCAACUGCAGUAUAAUGAUGAAAUUGGUUUUAAACAAGCAUUGUAAUGGCAAACAUGGGGGGAAAAAAGAAAUAAAUGACCAUUGCAAACUUUUAAGCCUACAUUACUUAUUGAUAAUAACCAUUACAGAGGCAAUUGUAUGUCUGUCCAGGGACUUGAGAUUGAACAGGGGUUUCUAGAAUCUUUCCUGAAGGGUUCUUGUGAAAGUAGACUGGUCCUAUUGACUCACAACUGUUACCAAGACACCAUUCAACACAACAGUGUGCCAGACUGGUGUGAUUAGACUACAGCCCCAGUAGUCAUUAAACAAACAUCAUGCAUUGUCGUCCAGUUUCAUUUCAGUGGAUAAUUUAGCGACGCAUUAGCUUAAUGGCAAUACUCAAUUAAAAGCAUUUGUGUCAAAACUAAAAAAGAUUUCAACUGGAAAUCCCAUUGAUUCAUGUUGCUGUUGACAUCUGUUGGAGCUGACUGUGGACUUAUACUUCAGUGCCCCGGUCAGGGUGUGAACUGUGCUACUGCCUUUGGCUGUUCUGUUUUCCCCCUCCUUCUGUGAAGACCUAUGCUAGGUAUUCAAAGAGAACCGUUCUGUUCUUCUCAUAUCAGCCUUGGCCUAACCUCUAUUGACCGAGCAGGCAACUGAAAACCACGGUAUCGCCACCGCUUGUGCCAGAGCUCCUGAUGGCUAAAUCCAGGACAUUACACCUUCUUUCCAGAAUGUAUCAGUGAUUCUGAGAGGGCACGCCACUCUAUGCCAGUCUUCCCGGCUGCCACCCAUUCACUGGUUAUGUGGACCCUUGUUUUAUCUUGACUCUUCACAACUAUCCACUGAGGUUAAAAGACAAUUCAUUUCACAAAAAAAUCUUUGACUUGUUGGAGCUUUUCAUCGUUUCCUCUUGUCAGAAAGGUUUUUACCAUUUCAUGUCAAGGAAUAAAUUGUGUCUCAUGCAUAUUCACUGUUAACUCCUCUCCCACUUUGUAGGCACCGCAAAGUGGACCUUUACAAAUGGCAGAGAAGCCUGCGCUCUAAAUUCUGCCACAAAAUGCCUGUAGGUGCCGUGCAGAGAAGUCAUUGCGUAAGGUUGAGAAAUGACCUUCUACCAACGCAUUCAUCAGUGACACAGCUGAAGUAUGCAGCCUGUGAGAUGAGCCAAACAGGUUCUCAUUAAUGUUGAUUUGAAAAGGCAGUAAAUUAUUACAGCAGUGGAACAAUCGGGUCAGUGAUCAGAUUUAAUCGCAGGUGGAAUGCAUGUCUUUGUGCCAUGAAGGGAUAUAGCUGAAUGAAUUGGGAAACGUUGCCUGGAAUGAAAGUAUGUCCAGAGCAAGUUAAAGUUGUAACCUACAUGUGUUUUCUACAAUGAUGUUUGGCCCUCACAUCAUUAUCAGUUUAUAACAUUGAUGUGGAUGGUCGCAAUAACCAAUAAUGAACUAGACUGGGGGUGGGAAGUGCAUGGCGAAAAUAUCGGGCGACUCUCUGAGCCAGCCUACAAUCAUAUCCAUGCCUCUGGGCCUGCAGUCCAACAGCGGCGUCCGUUCCACUGGCUUCCCAGCACCCAUGUUGACCAUCCCGCACCAUGCCUAUAUGUUAAAUUCCUUCACAGCCUGCCACUCGGCCGCAACUGUCAGCUGAGCAAGGCUAUGAACAAAGCAGUAUUCACCCUCCCCUCUUAUCAAGACCUCUUGCUCAGCACUACUACUAUGCUACACCCACUUUUCUAAUUUCUGUCUGUUUAUACCGUUGGACCAUUAAAACCUCUGUGGGUGGCCAGCAUCCACCCUCUGUCCACAAGUGGUGAGCAUAGCAGACAUGAAUCAUGACUCUGACUCUGCAGCCUGUCCACGAGAAAGCAAGGUCCUGCUUUGUGUCUAGUUGGAAAUCUGUACAUAAUCGUUUCCCACGUAAUUUCAACCUGUAUCAUGUGUUUGACUUUUAUAGGAAACUGGGUUAACUCUGAUAGCUGUGGAAGGACAAAUAGUUCCUCCACACACUAAUAUUGUUGUGCAAGUAAUCCAAUACAGGUCUUGAUGAAUCCCAUAGAGAUUUGUUAAAUUGGAAACUGAAAUUGCAUAAACAUCCAAAUGGAACUCAAAGCAAUGUGAUUGUGACACUUUGUUUGGCCUUUCAUGUUGUCGACAGGUUGAGCAAAAACAUCUGCUAUCAUCCACGUUAGUCAAGAUUAUCCCAGAUUACUAACCCUUAAUUAAUCCCUUUGUGCAGGGGCACAUAAUGAGGAUAAUGUUAGAUUGUUCACCGUUAGCUGUUAACCCUCAGUCUUGCAUGAAUUGCUAAUUUCUUGAAUUGCUAAGCCUUGCAAUAUUUCAGGGGAGCUUGUAGGAGGAGUAUUUUAAUGAAGAUUCCCUCUCCUUUUUAUCAGUGAUCAGCGAUGGCCAUAUUCUUCAUGACAAGCAAUGAAUAGCCCUAAUCAAAUCACCAUAUGUUCUCUUCUCACUGAAUUUGCAGCAUGGAAACAAAUAAUUUGUUUGGUUGAUCAAUUUAAACAUUUACGCAUGAUUGCUCUAAAUAAAACUGAAAGAUUGAAAAACCAGCAGACUGAAGUGCUGUUAUCUUUUAAUUGUAGUAUAGGUAACUGGAGUAUGUGAAUGGGCGCUGCUGGUAGCCUAUAGGGCUCUAUUGUAGUCCCACUUCAGCAUUCUCAGUGGUGCCCUCUGCUGCAAGAUGGUGUGGGAUCAUGCGCUUCACAUGUGUUGCUUAUCGGACCACAAAGCAUCCUGAGUCCUGCUUUGACACACUGACUUGCAACUUUGAAUUCAGGCUAUUGACUUCUGAUAUUAUUUCCCCGUAAAGUGAUUCCUUCAACCUGCAUCCUUGUGAGUGAUUGAGUUGUCUUUUCGUUAUCCCCUCCACAUCCCCCGUUCUCCAUUAUCCCGCAAAUGGGAAAGUGUUCUUGGUCGGAGGAAGAAAGUGGGCUGUUCAAGAUUUUGGUGUGCAUAAUUCUCUGCCCCCCAAUCCGUCUUUACUUUGCUUCCUUCGCUGGCGGACGGAGCUCAAGUCGUUCUUUAGCUUUUUCAAUUCAACAUGGGGAAUCCUCGUACCUGACAACUCAUUGUCUAAUUUCAUUCAAAUUUGGUGGAAAAAUAUUUAUUAGAAGUUGCACCUGUCGAGUCUGCUUCAAAAUACAAAGGUACACAGAAAGGAUCAUUUGAGUGCGUCGUUUAAAUGAGAUUGGAGAUGCUCCUGUCUUUGCUGCUGUGUGUCAUCUGUCCGCUCGUCCUACCGUCCUCCUCUACCCCCAGCCAAGCCUCAGAUGACUCCAGACUCCUACAGGUGACCAUCCCUACGACCCCUCCCUUAUCUGCCGUUUUGGGGGGCUCUCUUACCCUACCUUGCCUGGUGUCUCUGUCCCACCCGCCCCCCAACACGAAUGGCCGCCACGCCGUCCUCUCCCUACCCCGGGUCAAGUGGAGCGUGCUGUCCCAGGGGCACGAGACUGAGAUCCUGGUGGCCCGAGGGGACAGGGUGAAGGUCAGCGAGGCCUACAGGGACCGAGCCUCCCUGCUCCAUUACGCUUCCUCCCCGGCCGACCUCACCCUGAGGCUGGAUGGCCUGCAGUACAACGACUCUGGCUUCUACCGCUGUGAGGUGCAGCAGGGCCUGGAGGAUGCCGACGGUGUGGCUCAGGUCAAGGUCAAAGGGGUGGUGUUCCACUACCGGGAUGCUUCCAGUCGCUAUGCCUUUACCUUUGCGCAGGCCCGGGACGCCUGUGAAGAGAUCGGGGCUCACAUCGCCACCCCAGAGCAGCUCUUGGCAGCCUACCACAGUGGCUAUGAGCAGUGUGAUGCGGGCUGGCUCUCAGACCACUCAGUGAGAUAUCCCAUCCAGAUGCCACGAGAGGGAUGUUUUGGAGACAUGGACGGGCAUCCUGGAGUGAGGAACUAUGGGCUGCUGGAACCUGAUGAGCUGUACGAUGUAUACUGUUAUGUCGAGAACAUAGAGGGGGAAGUGUUCCAUGGAUCUGCCCCCCGAAGUUUCACCCUGUGGGAAGCUAAGGCCUAUUGUCUGGCUCAGGGAGCGGAGCUGGCUACCACAGGUCAGCUGUAUGCAGCCUGGAAUGACGGACUGAACGCCUGCAGCCCGGGGUGGUUGGCUGAUGGGAGUGUACGCUACCCCAUUGUCACUCCCAGGGAGCGUUGUGGUGGAGGGGAGCCUGGGGUCAGGACUGUCUAUCGCCAUUUGAACCAGACAGGCUUUCCAGAGGCACACACUCGCCACGACACUUACUGCUUCCGAGGCAACAGCAACACUCACACCGAAUCUCCCCAUGAUUACCUGGCAACAGAGCCAGAGGACAUCGGCCAGGACAUUGUGACACUGUUUGAGCCUCUGGAGGAAUUCAGUCAGGUGACGGAGCAGGUGGUGAGCGAAGAAGCUCAGGGCUCCCUGACUACCCUCCCUAUUCCAGAGGAGCAGCACCCAUCAGAGCAUAUAGAGGAGCAGGGGGCUGUCCCUGGAGAGCAGUACCCAGAGCAGGGGGCUGUCCCUGGGGAGCAGUACCCAGAGCAGGGGGCUGUCCCUGGGGAGCAGUACCCAGAGCAGAGGGCUGUCCCCGGGGAGCAGUACCCAGAGCAGGGGGCUGUCCCUGGAGAGCAGUACCCAGAGCAGGGGGCUGUCCCUGGGGAGCACGGAGAAGAACAGGGGGUUGUUCCUGGAGAACACGGAGAGGAGCAGGGGGCUGUUACUGAGGAGGCAUACAUCAAGGAGGACGGAGAGGAACAGGAGGCUGUGCCUGGGCAGCACGGAGAGGAACAGGGGGUUGAUCAUGGGGAGCAGUACCCAGACCAGCCUGGAGAGGAGCAGGGGGCUGUCGAUGGCCCGGGCCCUACUGUUGUCUAUCACGAGGAGCUACCCUUUCCGGUUGAACCCCAAGACCCAUUCACCCCCACAUCCUUCCCCCAAGACCUGGAGCCCACAGAGGACACCUGGCAGCCGGAGAAAGAGGUCAGCAACCCAGAAUCAUAUCAGCCUGCCCCUGAGGAGGCAAACUUAGAUUCAAACUACCCAGUCACACCCUAUGAUGAGCUGAAUGCAAACCCAACACUGUAUCCACCUUCUCCCGAGACAAAUUAUGAAUCAGGUGAUCUUACAACUGCUCAUAAAGACAACAUUGGUAGCCCCGAUCCCUACCAGCCCUCGUUAGAGUCAAACAUGGAAUCAGGAGAGCCCUCUAUAGAGGGUGUACCAGGGACUGCUCUGGAGGCCCCCGUGCCCACCACAGCAUAUGAGGAGGUGGACGGGUCCAAUGAUCCACAUCCCAUGCCUGGCACAACCCCUGAGAGUGGUAAGCCAACAGAGUCUCAGUAUGGUAUUUCAGAGGAAAGCCAUAUGCAAACAGAGAUCACCCAGGAGACCGAACACUACACUUUUACCUCUGAGACCGCAGGCUCUAAUGUAUCAGGAGUUGAAGCCACUACUAGGUAUGACAGCUCUCCAGAGGAGCAACUGGAAAGUGGGCUGCCCACACCUCCUGAGGAGGACCACUCCGGAGAUGAGCAUGCCAUCCAGGUGGAGCAUGUCAUGGACACUGUCUACCCAAGCACCUCUUACGACCUAUCAGGAGGGUCUAUCAGGCCUGAGGGAGCCAUCGCUGGGGAUGUCGAGGAUACAUCUGUAUCUUCCACUUCACCUCACGAGGAAAUGGAGCUCUUCCCUGACCAGUCCACCACUCAGCCUCCAUACUGGGAGAACACACCUGAAUACCGCCGAACCAACUCUGUGGACCACAGUGCCAGUGUCCUUCUCCCUGAGGAGCAUACCACAUCACUGGACUCAUUGGUCAUCCAGACAGGGGAGAACAGUGGCUCUGCUACUGCUGAGUCAGAAAACCUGGCUACCCUAAGCCCAGUGGAGAUGGACCCCUAUGUACUGAUCCCUACCUCUGAAUAUG